CAAGAACUAAUAUGCCUAUGGACCAGUUUUUCAAAACACUUCAUGAUGAUGGGGUCUGCAGUUUCCUUUGAGGAGGUGGCUGUGUAUUUCACGGAGUCAGAGUGGGCUCUGCUAGAUCCGAACCAAAGAGCUCUCUGCAGGGAAGUCAUGCUGGAGAAUUACAGCAGUGUGGCCUGUCUGGAAGCUAGGAGUGUAAGAGAGACUGAGAUGGAAACAGAGAAAGGUCUGACAUCCAAAGAAAUGCUGGAAAGUUUUUCAAGAGGAUGUGAAGAGAAUACUUCAUUUCCAGAUGAGCUAGUUGCUACUGGAGAUGAGCAGUGGAAUAAGAAGGAUGAGGAAGUGCAUCAGCUAUUGUCAGGUAAAAUCAAGAAGGGAUAUCUGAAAGGAAGCAUCAAGAAUCAAGACAGAUUGAAAAGGCAGAAAAGAAGUAAUGUGGUCAGGAAGAGGGAUAAAUGCAUUCCUGGUCAAGGGCAGGAAUUCCGUGGUCUAAUUCACAUGGUGGACGAAGCAUAUAAGUGCUUGGUAUGUGGAAUGAACUUCUCAAUUAAAACCCAAUAUGAGAUCCAUUUGCAAAUGCACAAUGGAAAGAAGACCCAUCGAUGCUUGCAGUGUGGAAAAAGGUUCCUUCACAGAGCAGAGUUCUUUAGGCAUCAAAAAACACAUACAGAAGAGAAACCUUAUAGCUGCUCAGACUGUGGCAAAAGCUUCCGAAAAAAAUCAGACUUUCUUCACCACCAAAGGAUUCAUUCAGGAGAGAAGCCAUUCAUCAGCAGGGAAAUUGAAAUGACCCUUUCUAGUAGAAGAAUAGGUAAAUUACAUUUUCUGAAUCACAAUAUCAUGAACACACACAAAUGCUUUCAGUGUGCAAAGUACUUCAAAUACAGAUCAUUGCUCCUUCUCCACCAAAGAAUACACACAGGGGAAAAACCUUUUCUAAGCUCACAGUGUGACAAGAGACUCAGUCUAAGUGGCAGUCUUCAAGAGCAUCACAUAGGUGAAAAGCCUUUUCAGUGCUCAGAGUGUGGAAAGAGAUUCAGUCAGACAGGACAUCUUCAGCAGCAUCAAACAACACAUACAGGAGAUAAACCUUUUGAAUGCUCACAGUGUGGCAAGAGAUUCAGUAAGGGUGCCUAUCUUCAACAGCAUCAAAAAACCCACACUGGGGAAAAACCUUUUGCAUGCUCAGAAUGUGGAAAAAGAUUUAAUCACAGUGGCAGUCUUCAACUGCAUCAAAGAACACAUACAGGGGAAAAACCUUUUCAGUGUUCAAAAUGUCAAAAGAGCUUCAGUCAUAUUGGUAGUCUUCAGAAUCAUCAAAGAACCCACACAGGGGAGAAACCAUUUGAAUGCUUAGAGUGUGCAAAGAGAUUCAGUCUAAGGAGUAGUCUUCAAAAACAUCAAAGAACUCACUCAGGGGAGAAACCUUUUAAAUGCACAGAGUGUGGAAAGAGAUUCAGUUGGGAUAACGCUCUUCGAUAUCACAUCAGAACUCACUCAAAUGACAAACCAUUGGAAUGCUCAGUGUGUGGGAAAAGAUUUAAUCAUAGUGGGAAUCUUCAACAGCAUCAAAGAACCCACACUGGGGAGAAACCUUUUGAAUGCUCAGAGUGUGGAAAGAGAUUCAAUAGAAGUGGCCAUCUUCAAAUGCAUCAAAGAUCCCACACAGGAGAAAAACCUUUUCAGUGCUCAGAGUGUGGAAAGAGAUUCCGUCAAAGUAGCAGCCUUCAAGAGCAUCUAAGAACCCAUACAGGGGAAAAACCUUUUCAGUGCUCAGAGUGUGGAAAGAGAUUCAGUAAGAGAGGAAAUCUUCAAGCGCAUCAGAGAACUCACACAGUGGAAAAACCUUUUGAAUGUUCAGAGUGUGGAAAGAGAUUCAGUCUCAGAAGCAAUCUUCAGCAGCAUCUAAGAACCCACACAGGGGAAAAACCUUUUGAAUGCUCAGAGUGUAGAAAGACAUUCAGUCAGAUGAGCAGUCUUCAAGCACAUCAAAGAACCCACACAGGCGAAAAACCUUUUGAAUGCUCAGAGUGUGGAAAGAAAUUCAAUCACAGAAGUGGUUUUCGGCAGCAUCGAAGAACCCAUAUGGGAAAAACCUUUUGAAUGCUCAGAGUGUGGAAAGAGAUUCAUUCACAGUGGCAAUUUUCAAAACCAUCUAUCAGAGGUGUAGCUAGGAAAAAUGGAGCCCGGUGUAAAAUCUGAGUUUUGCGCGCCCCCCCCCAUAUGCAUGGCCUCCCCAUGACCAAAGGCUGCCCUCCCCCACUAUGCCCAAAGAACAAUUUUUUGCACCAUGUCAUCUCAAAGUCACAAUCACAUUAUAGAACAUGUCCCAACUCACAAAUCUGAACACAUGCCCCAACUCA